AUGGCCUAUCAGAGCAAUGCCUUGGCUGGAAACAUCCAAGGGUCUUUGAGCGGAACUGCCACCCCUGAUUGGCCAAGGUGGAAAGAUGGUCGGCCACCUUGCCCAUUGAUAUGCUUUGGAUAUGGUGGGCGAGUUGCAAUGAUGACCCCAAAGGCCAUCACGACGGGGGCCCAGCCCACAUACGCAGGUGCCAUCGAGCUACACUCCCUCAGUCACAUCCCCAGCCUCCUGAGUGACAGGCAGCGAGUCGCUGGCUUCGCCGUGCCUGCAGGACAGGUCGAUCCUGACCGAGCGGCGGUGGAGCGCUUUCCCAGCGCCCUCUCCCCAGGUGCCGGAAAGGAUAGACUAGCCAGGUUUGUGUCAGACCGGAUGGACUUGUGCAUGGAGGAGGAGCCCCACUGCAAGAGGCCUGACCUGCUGAGGACGAUUUGGGGCGUGCUCAGGGUGCUUGUGAAGAACCAGGGAACCCUGAUCUCAGAGCCAACUGCUAAGAGCAGCAGCGACCCCGAAAAGGAAUUGGUGGAGUUAUUGGUCCCGGAGGCAGAGAAGGGCUCCUGGGUGGGUGGCAUGGGGUCUAGUGGGCUGUUGUUGCCAGGUCCUGAUGACUAUCGCCUGCAGGCAGUUGCGGCCGAAGUGCAGCAGCUGCUGGUCACUGGGAAGAGGAGGCAAGCGCUGCGGGUUGCCACAGAGGGGCACUUGUGGUCUGUUGCAGUCGUGCUGGCACAUGGAAUCGGCCCUGGAGCCGUCUCCGAGACAGUAACGGCUAUGGCAACAUCCUCUCUGCAUGCAGGAAGUCCGCUGCGAACGCUGAUGCUCAUGAUGGGUGGCAGUCCUGAUGCUCUGGAACAUGCAGGCCCUAACAAAGGCAAAGCUGUGGUCAACAGCUCUGCAUCACAGGAGGCCUCGCAAGUGGGCUUGAUGGGCGUUGGUGCGCCUCCAGGCCUGGCCACGUUCACCCCAUCCAGCGACCCGUUCCUGGGCGAUUGGCGCAGCAACUUGCUGGUUCUGGCCACCAACAAGGUGAAGGGCAGCAGAGAGGCCAUCGCCAAGCUGGGUGACAGGCUGUGGGAUGAGUGGCGCGAGGUCGAGUCUGCACAGCUGUGCUACUUGGUGGCUGGCAUCUUGCCCCAACCACUGGAUGCCGCCUCUGGCUGUCGUCUCACACUUGUUGGGGCGGACCACCGGUCAGACCCCAGGCUGUAUGCGAGUGUGGAGGCUAUCCAACGCACAGAGGUGUAUGAAUGGGCCUUUUCUGUUGCACACCCCCACCACCGUAUGGUCGACUUCCAGCCAUACAAGCUGGUGUAUGCAAUGAUGUUGGCUGAGUAUGGAAAGGUGGCAGAGGCGAUGAGCUACUGCGACUCUGUGCUGGAAUGCCUCCGGUCCUUGGGGAAGCUGCCACAGAGCAUGAUGGUGUGCCAUUCUGUGGCAAGGGAGCUGCGGGAUAGGCUGGAGAAGCAUGCCCAGGCAUUCAAUAUCUCUGUGUACAAGGGUGGGUCACUGUUCUCAAGCAUAGGGCGCGCCCUGGACAAAGGGAUACACAAGCUCAUUGGCCUUGGUGACUCCAAUGACCAGACCUCACAUGAGGGCGUGUCAAAGACCUCCAGCCUCUCAGGCGAUGCAGGCCGGGCGCCCAGCGAGAGUGCUGCCUUCCGGCGCGCCCCAAGCCACGCGAGCCUGGAGGGCAGCCGCAGCGCACAGGAAGGAUGGUUCUCCCGUGCCCGGGGACCCGCCAGUGUGCCCCUGCCCAACAACGGCGCCGCUGCCUAUGGGCCCGUAGCCCCGGGCACACCCCCGCCGCCCGACAGGUCCAGCAGCACGAAAAAUCGGCAGGGUGGGGGAAGCAGGGAGGAUGGUGGCCAGGCAUCGUCCACAGGGCGUCAGGCCAAGGGGAAUGACAAGGGAUGGUUCGGCAUGGUGACCAACAUGUGGGGCAGGCCGGCCGGAAAGGCAGCUCAGACUGCUGCCCCUGCAGACGAAGGCAAAUUCUACUACGACAAGGAGAACAAGCGGUGGGUGCUGGAGGGCGAGGAGGCUGCCACCCCCCAAAGCAGUGUUGCGCCCCCGCCCACCAGCCUCAACUGGGGCACCCCCCCUCAGCCUGGGACCCAGAGCCCAAGCCCGCAUCCCAGUGCCGGGCUGCCAUCUGCAGGCCGGGCUCAUGCCCGGGAUCGGUCCCUUAUGUCACGGUACGUGGACACAUUCGGGUCCAGCGCCUCUGGCCCGACAGCGCCCUCGCCCAUGCUGACGCCACCCAUGGCCAAACUGCCGAAGACACCAAACUUGCUUUUGCCGGGGGGAGGCUCUGCCAGCAUGCCUAACCUGGUGGGGAUGCAGGCCCAGAGCCAGACAUCAGGGGCCAGUCAGGUUGUUGCUACAAAUGAAAAGGGGGUUAAGAGGGGUUUGCUGAGUCCAGGCCAGGGCAGCAACGGUCUGGGCAGCAACGGCCUUGGGGGGGAGGGCCAGGGCCACGCACAGGCGCCCUGCACUUACUCAUCCCUGAUCGAAAAUGCGGGGAACGUCGGUGCCAAGAGGAAUGGGCCCUGCAGUCAGGGCAGUGGCGUGGGCAUGGAUACUGGACUCGAUCUGUUGGUCAACCAGUCGCCGCCUGUCAGGUGGUCGUGCGCUGGGGAGCGCGCGGGCCCUGGCACUGCACCUGGCCCAUUGGCGAGUGAGGAGUUCAGGGAAAUAGAGCUGUAG